AUGGACCAGCGCCUCGCCGAGCUGGUGGAGGAGCUCACCACCUCGGGGGAGCCGCGGCUGGAGCCGGGCAGGAUGAAGGAGCUGAAGAAAAUCUGCAAGUCUUCAGAGGAACAUAUCAGCCAUGUCUAUCACCUGCUGAUGACGCGGCUCAACGAGGAGCACGCCGAGAUGCGCUUCUCGGCUUUCCAGAUCGUGCAGGAGUUGUUCACCCGAUCCCAUCAAUUCCGGACACUAAUUAUUUCCAACUUCCAAGAGUUCUUGGAGCUGACGGUGGGGAUAGACCAUGAGCAGCCUCUUCCCCCACCCAAAGAGGUGGCACAGAAACUGAGGAAAGCAGCCAUUAAGUCAGUGCAAGAGUGGCAUGAGAAAUAUGGAGAGGCCUACAAGAAGCUUUCUCUGGGCUACCACUUCUUGAAGCAGAACAAGAAGGUGGAUUUUCAAGAUGUGCAUGCCAGAACCGUGGCUGAAAGGAGGAGGGAAGAGGAGAAGCAAAAACGAUUGGAUAGCAUUUACAAAGAAAAAGCCAAAAGAGCUGAAAAAGAAAUGGCAGAAAUGUCUCAAGAGGUUGCUGACACACUGACAGAGAUGGAAAACUGUUUCCGGCUUCUGAUGCCAGAUCCUUUCGACUUCACUGUGAAUGACACGGAACUGGAACCCAACAAACAAAUGACUGCUAAUGAGGAUAGACCUGCAUCCCCCUUGUCCUCCCGGAUGGAAGUUAACCAGUCCUAUUUUGGAUGCAUGGAUGAUGAACAGCCAUGCUGCAGCAAGGAUGUUUUUUCUGCUUCUCAGUGUGUUAGAACUGAUAAAGAGUUAGAUGAGAAACAGGAGAAGCCUGAGCAAAAAGAAUUAGAUGGAGGCACAUGCUCAGAAGUUCAAUCAAAUGUCCCUGCUCUUGAUGAUGAUGAUUACCAGACUUUUGUUAGGAACCAUGGGCUUAUUUCACAUAAGUAUACUCUAGACCUUGAAAUCUCCACAGAUAUAAAAGUACAUGAGAAUGAAGAUAAUACUGCCAUAAUAAACAAUGCCAUGGAUGCUCACAAACUCCUCAAAAAUAAGUUCUGGCCUUCUGUGCAGUCCUGGAUUCAGUUAUUUACCAGAGCAGGAAUAAAUGAUGAUCGGUUAAGAUGUGCCAUUGAUCUCAAGAAUAAACUGGAGACUGCUAUGAAGAAAUACAAGGAAAUGAACAUUUCCUUUAAAGAGAGAAAAAGAGCGAUGAAAGCCUUGGAUGACGAUGACGACGAUGAGGAUGAAGAUGAAUUUGUGGAGGUCCCUGAGAAGGAAGGUUAUGAGCCCCACAUUCCAGACCACCUGCGUAAGGAAUAUGGCCUAGAGCCCCAGUCACCUCCAAAUGCACCGGCAGGGAAGACAUCAAUAGGACCAGCUCCGCUGAGCUCCCGUGCCCAGCUGAAAGGGAAUGAAGACGAACUUGAUCCAACCUGUGCAGCCGCCACACUGAAACUUAUUAGAGACAAACUGCCAAAGUUACCAUCUCCACAUGUCAGUGACUCUGCAACUACUGAGCCAGCAGCCUUGGAAGGGCCUGACAGGAAGAGAGGAAAACUAGAAGAAGAAAGAGCUAAAGCUCCCCUCGUGCCAUUUGGAUUAGAUCUUCACUACUGGGGACAGGAUCCGCCAAGUGCUGGGAAGAUUCUUAAAUUUGCUUCUGAGCAUCGGUUUUGGGCACCCAGUGAAGUAGAGGAAGAGGUGGAAAAUAAAGAAAUAACUGAAAUGUUAAAAACUAGAUAUAUAACAUUUGCUGGCAAGUUUGAACCAGUGAAACAUAAAUGUCGAGCACCAAUGCCUGAUGGAAGUCUAUGUGAAAGACAAGAUCGGAUUAAGUGCCCUUUCCACGGAAAGAUAAUUCCUCGGGAUGAAUCUGGGAUUCCCAUUAAUGCAGAGGACAGAGCCAGAGAAGAAAAGAUGCGGUUUGAGAAGCAAGCGGCUCAGCCAGAGUGGCGAGAUCCAGAAUUCAUGAGAGAAGUUGAAGCAGCUACAGGAAUGGAUCUUGGUUCCUCUAAAAAUAACGGAAAAGGAGGAAAGAAGAAAGGGAAGAAGAAAAAAUAUCCAAAUCUGACAGACCUGAAGCAGCAGGCUAAUACUUCUCGUUCUCGGCUUGAGAAGAAGGUCUUCAAUAAAGGUGUUAUGAAACGGGUGGCAAAAGCAAUGAACCAAGUGGACCAAAGAAAGCACGAGAAGUUUGCCAACCAGUUUAACUAUGCACUGAAUUAAAUACUAAGAAAAUGAACGGCAAAGAAGAUUAACAAGAGUGCAACCGCACAAAACCUUUAUCACAGAUCUUCCUAUUUACACUAAAUUAAUGUGCUAGGUGCAUUUUUACUGGGGUAAUUUUUUAAAUUGUUUUCAACUUUAACUUAUUUGAUAAUGAACAUUUGAUUUUUGGCAAAGAUUUGGUGGUAUAGAAUGGAAUGCAUUUAACAAGUUGAUAAUUAUUUGAAAUGUACAUGAAAUAGAGCAUGUUAUAUGACUUGUACAUACACUGGGUAAAAUGUUCAGGUUUCACUUUUUUCCCCUUCCCAAGGAACUCACGUAAUUUAUACCUCCUUUGCCAACAUGUGUGUUGUAAUUUGCCUCCGCUUUCAUGCCUUCAGAAAAAAGAUGCCUGAGAAACAAUUAGAUUUCAACCAGCGAGGGCAAGGCACAGAGUAUUUGCUCAGCCUACUAUUCUAGAAAGCAUACCACGUCAAGCAGCACCUUGGCUCCUGCAGCACCUCUAAAGACCUCUUCUGUACACACUAAAAAAAUCCAAAUCAACUGAUGCCUUCAGGUUAUGAGUGGAGUAGAGUUUGAUUUCAGCAAACUGAAAUCCAGGAACUAAUUCAAACUUGGUAGCUGUGGUGGUGUAGAAGCUGAAAUGACAAAGAUCAUCCUGGUCUGCUUCUUGCCUUCCCAAGAUGGUAUCCCAGUAUCUUUCAGAACUACAUCUGGAAAGCAUGUUGUGAAAGUUUGUAGAGACACUCAGAAUGUGCUGCAGUUUAACUGAUACUAAAAAGCUCCAGUACAAAGUGAAAGUAUGAGGUUUUAAAAAUCAUUCAAGUGGCAUACUGUACUAGUGAACUGCCUGGCUUGAAUCAGUUAAAACUGUAUCAGGCUCAAGCCUGAGUGUGCAUCUGAGGAUCCAGAUAUAAACACAAGCAUCUGGACUUCAACUCCAGAGAGUUAACAUGCAUACUGAUAUCAAGCAGCUCCAUCCAAUGUGGUUUGUUGUUACUGGCUGGGUGCUUAACCAGGUUUCCCAAACCUGCUUUGCUGGCUAUAGUCAUGUCUUAAGUAGAGUGAACCAAAUAGUGACCGGUUGCGCUCUUGCAAGGUUUCAUACAGCUUUAUGGGUGAGGGAAAUGCAGAGUAUCAAGGAGGAUAGAGUGUUUGAAAAAUCGAAGUGAACUGCAGAAGUCUUCAAUAAAAUACUGAAUACAAAUUAGAAAGGGUUUUCUACAGCACUGGCUUAGUCACUCACCUGUUGGAGGUGUUUCCUCAUGCAUCAAGAGACUAUAAGAAUUAAAAAGGGAGAACACUUAAACUCCUCAGUAUAGCUUCUGACCACCUCAGACAAAAGCUAAUUUACAGUUCUGCUGAAUACCUUUUGAGUUGCACAAGUACUGCUUAGAAAGGAAUUGUUGCUGAAUCUCGAUAGUUUAUCUUGCAAGAACUCUGCAGUUUGGAAGACCUUUUCCUCUUCAACACAGGUAUUUAGAAGAAGACAUACUUCUAAACUACCAGAAAUAAAAUAAUAAAGAGCCAGAAUUUCAGAAGUUACCUACUGCACUGGAAAGCAAAGCCACAUCUGCUAUCAGGCUAGUUAACUUGGCAGUGAAGGCUUCAGGUAAAAAUGUAGACAAGGACAAACCAAAGUUCAUCACCAGGUCAGUUGAAUCAACUGCUAAAAUGAUUUUAUUUCUUACUAAGGAUAAAGACAAAAAAAAAGAAAACAAAACCAACAACAAUACAACCCUGCACAUUUGAGUGUAGUAUAGAUCACUGGAUGCUGGGAUCCCAGAACAGUCUAAAUGCAACUGUUUGAUCUUGGAGAUUAACAUUCAAAAGAGCCACAAAGGUCGUUGUGCCACUAUUCCAGAGAUUCUUGAGCCUGCCCAGACUGAAGGUGUUCUUUUAUAAGACAUGUUUUCUCUCCUCCCUGUAAAAAGAGUGGGGGAUUUAUAUUGUGCAGUGGCACUUAACCCUUCUUUGCUGUGGACAUGAGAUGUCAGCACUAGAAGAUUCCCAGCAAACAGUAGGUGCACUUUGCCCCAUGGAGUUCCGAUUUUCAGCCUUUAGUAAAAUUAGAAAAAAAACCAAAACCAAAGACAGAGAUUGGAAAGGGAAAUAGUAAAAAUCUGUGAGAAAAGAGUGUACUUAGUAAGUAAUGCUCCAUUAUGAUGCUACUCAGUCACUUCAGUUCUAGAAUUAUCAGCUGAAACUUCCUGCCUGGACCUGAGUGUCUGAUCCACCAGUUAAACCUGAUCCUAUCAUGUGAUCUAUAUGCUCUUCCCCUUUCUUUAUUAAAAACACACAUGCAUGCAAAAAGGUGUUUUCCUAGAUUGCCUCUUUCAUGCAGAAGGGUUAGUGGUGACUUUUUUUAAAGCUCUCCCACUUUUCUUUUUCUGGUUUUGUUGCAAGAACUUUCCUUGUCAGGUGUGGAAUAUACCCAGUUGGAUAUGAAUUUUUUUCUUCCUCUUUCUGCCUUGAAGCAAGAAAGACCAUUGACUCUUCAUGGGAGAAUGUGUUAAAAGACAUCCUCUGUUGCACUGCCUUUAUGCUAGCCUGGCCUCUUACCAGCAUGCAUCUUCCCCCUCAUCCAGUGUUUGAGAAACCCAUGCUUCCCCUCCCAUGUUAAUUAUUGCCUCAUUUAAUCAAAUUCUUUCUCUACAAGGGCAACUCACCAUAUAUACACACAACAGGUCCUGAAUUUUGCCACUUAAGCAUUCUCAUUAGACCUGAUCAGAUGUAAUUCAGAGGAUUUGGGGAACCACCUUCUUUUCCUGGGUUUAUCUGUAGCUCUGCUGGAGGAAAAUUUUUGAAGAGGCAUCUAUCUCCAAAGAUCCAGCAUACCAUCAUUAAAUAGAAAUCCUUUUAAGUUCAAAAUAAAUCAAUCUACUUUUUAGAUCUAUCACACCUCUUUGUGCGUCACUUUACCUACAACAGUUUACAAAUUUGAGAUCUCUGGGCUCACCAGCUUUUCAAACGUCUUGGUUGAUAAAUUGUCUGUGCAACAUUUCUACUGGAACUUUUCUAUUCCUGUGCUCAGGGCUUCUGAGAAAGGAAAAA